GCCGGCGAAGAUCUGUCGAUGCGAGGGCAAAGGGCACCAUGACUUCAUACGCGGACAUACGAUGCUCCUUCCAUGUCCUCCUCUUCGAUGAGCAACACCAUGAACUUCCUCCUGGAUCCCAGCAGAGGCGUCGAGCUCGUGUCGGUCGGGUUACAAUGCUUCGCAACAGGCAUCGUCUUUGUCCUCUGCUUGCAGUGCCUCGUCGUUGGCCGUGGAAGUAGCAACGGUAGGAGUAGCAGCAAGAGGGAUCAUCUCGACGAGGAUGAAUGCGAUAUAUCCAGGCAAGAGUCGUUGUCUCCCAGAGCCAGAGAAAGGUGGCAGCUUCUGGCCAUCGUAGCUACACUGACCGCCGGUGCUCAAGUCAUAUUGGCAUGCUUUGCCCUUGAACGAGCUGAAAGGACAAAGGCAUACCUGGCGCUCGUCUUCGCUUCUCUUAUCGUGACCAUGACCAUAGCUCACCUCUACGCGGGCCGCGUCGUCUUGCAUCCUCUCCUUGUGCAACAUCGCCACGGUGGCGUCAUCAAAAUGCUGCUCAGCAUGUUCGCUCUGGUAGCUCAUGUAGCCAUCGGCACAACAACGGCCGUCUACUCCCUUGCGCACGGAGAAGAAGACCAUUCUCACGAUCUGCUCCUCGCCUACCAGGCACUCGUACUCGCACUGAGCACCACCUUCACCAUUGCCUUAGCCGUGACUGGACUCAGAGCCUACAUGAAGCAUCGCCGCGCACAGCUCCAUUGGAAUGGCAGUAAGCGCAAGGAUAGUCAGCGUGGCUCCUUUGCAUUGACCUUCGCGACCGUGGUUGGCCCCUGGACUGUUAAUACCGCCAUUGCUAUCCUGUGCAUCACGGCGCUCGUUCACCAGCCGAGGCUAUACCAGGUCAUCUUGCCUUUGGAGCCUUAUACGCAUCUCGUCUGCCUGCUCACCUCCUUCAUCAAGACGGCUUGCCCUCCCAGUGCGUCCAGCGAUCCACUCGAGCAUGGAGAGUUCUCGCCCAACCAGCAUUCUCACUCUCAGCACUACCAGCAGCACCGCUGGUCCAGUUCUCACCUCACUGGCUCAGCCUGGACAACCUCCAAUCGCCUCGACCCUUCAUCUCAAUCAGGUGACGAGCUCAACAAAGGGAUCCACCAGCGUAAUGGCUUCUCCCCGCCGGCCCACCACGAAGUGAGAAGCAGACUCAACACUGCAGCUACGGACAGGACUGCCAUUGCCACUGGCCACGGUCAUGCGCCCACGCCUGCGCUCUUCUUCGACGCGCUCACCCCUCCGACGCUAUCCAUGUUGGUGCCAGCCGCAAUCCGCCCGGAGCAGAUCCAGCCUCAGAACCACCUAGAUCAGCCCGCGGAGCAUACCCCUUCACCUGACGACGGGAUGGACGUCGAAGCGGACGCCUACGCGUACAGCAAUGAUCACGAUCACGCUCACGCGGACGGAGAAGGCCACAUGGAGUUGAUGGUGGAUGCCCCUCCCUCCUCUCCUCUGCCCUCCUCGUCUUGCCCGGACAACAAUCACGACUACCGCCACCACCUCGGCAGGCGAAAUCCUCUCGCUCAAGUGUUUAGCCAUGCGGCGAGGCGUAUCUCCUCGACCCUCUCGGGUAUUUCGACCCCUGAGCCCUUCCCCGCUCAUGCAGGUACGGGCACAGCACGAGCUGAAGAAUCUAGCGAGAGCCAAGCUCACUAUCAACAGGGACAACACCAGCUCCAGCACCAGCCCAAGCGAUGGCGUCGCAAACUCUCCAACGCUGGCAUGGCCCCGUCUGCCUGGCGCGGUUUGGACAGGUGGGCCGGCUCCUCCUCUCGCCAGCAGCACAUUGUAUCAGUCGAUCACGGCGACCGCUUGGAAGUGUGCGAUACCCCUCCCCCUUGCGGUAGUCCUGCUGGGACGAAUACCACAACAGGGGCCGUCAUGCCUUGCGCCGACGGUAGCACCAGGGUGGCACGACGCGGUGACAACAGUAUCGACUCUUUAGCCACCGGGCUCAUGACAUCGCGCGCUGCUGCAGGGUCUGCACCAAACCUACUUGCUGGAGUAACUCGCGCACCGUCUGUUGUGCAUCCUCGUACUCGAGUCGAUUCUACUCCGAGCGGCUGGCCCGCUCGAUUUGUUGGAAAGUCUAAGGCCUCGCAUGGACAUGGUCAUGGCCAAGCUCUGAAUGGCAAGGAAAAAAGACAGAGCGUGAGGAGCAGUAUCAUCAGCCUGACCAACAGCAGUAGCGCCAAUAGCGGUGGUAGUGGCGGCGGCGGUGGAGUUUCGUGGUUCGGCGGUCGACCAAGCACAAGUGCUGCGAGGACCAGGGCAGGCGUGUCAGCCUUCCCCACUGCUGGAAGACCCAAGCAGCUGGGCGCGGCUACCACGCUGCCGCAGCACCAGGAGCAUCCGCACCAAGACGUAAAGCAGCAAUACAAGGCCCUCGCCUCUCCCGGCCUACCUGGAUACACUGACUCCCAGGCUCAAGCGGCCGCAGAGGCCGCAGCUACCUCCUCUGCCCUAGCUGUUCCUUCGCCAAUCGCUGCCGCACGCCCAUCUUCCUCUCUUCUGGUGCCUACGGGGAUGCAGCAUUAUCUGCAUCCUCCUCAACACUACCUCUCACCCGCUCAAGCUCACAGCCAUGGGCACGGACGACCUCCUCCCUCCCCGUCCGAAACCGUCACCUCGACCUCGUUCUUCUCUUCCUCCCGUCCAGGCUCCGUAUCCGCCGUCGCAGCUCCUGUCGGCUCGACACCGCAGUGGAUGCAACCCGCCAGCUCCGGCCCUGGCGCUGGAACGACGACGUUUUCGCGCUCGGGAUGCGGCUCAGGAUCCACGCCCCCGAGGAGCAGGGGGCAGUCGCCUCGCCUGGCUGAGGCUAGGGUAGUCGGCCGCCAGGAGACAUACGCCGCUAUCGUAACCCCCACCUACGGGCGUGGCGGUACCAGCGCCACCGCUAUGGCCGCCUCAGCAACAGGCCCGCACGACGCGGCCGCUCAGGCUCCCCUCCGUCGUGAGCGCAAUCCGAGCUUGGUAAGACGAAAGGCUGUCCCCUCUAUUGGGAGUUUUGAGGAACUAAUGAGGGAGGAUUUGGUCAGGGUGGGAUGAGCGCGAGCCCCGCGAAUUAGGGUAGGAGCCCCCAAGCCUGCUGCUCGCUGUGCGUGCGCAGAUGGACCAUUGCGCUCGUUGCUCAGGUAGUGCACG